AGUCAGUGUACUUGUUUGUUUGCUUUUCACAGAUUGAAAUAGCUGCCUCGGAGAAUGUAAUUUCUCCUUUGUAAAGACUGCAGUAAUCUACAAUCAUGAAAAAUGAAGGAAACAGUUCGGUUGUCUUUGUCACUGGAAUGUGAUAUGGUAGCACUGUUCUUAACCUUGUAUCACUGUGGUCUGCGCCGAGGUGGCGACUUGAGAAACUGCAGUCGCGCGGUCACUCCUCUAUUGCACGAGAUCCAGAGACUGACACUCAGGAUAUUGUUUUCUACCGACUGAGGCGAUACUGCCUUCGCUGAAGCAAAGGUGUUGUUUCCUAAAGCUGUUGCAGUCCAGUGAAAUUCUUUCUUGCUAUUUUGUAAGUGGCAUAAAGUGGACAAAAGAGCGCUCAAUAACAUGGCUGAUGUCAGCCAGAACAGCUCUUUUAAUCAGAGCUCAGAAUAUGGAAAUAUCUACAGGCCACAGACAGUGUUCAGCGUCUUGACGUUCACCCUGCUAGCAAUGCUUGUGGUGGCUACAUUUUUCUGGAACAUGCUCGUCCUAGUCACAAUUCUAAGGGUCAGAACAUUCCACCGUGUGCCCCACAACCUGGUGGCCUCCAUGGCCAUAUCUGAUGUUAUGGUGGCUGCUUUAGUGAUGCCUCUCAGUCUGGUCCAUGAGCUCAAUGGUCGGCGAUGGAAGUUGGGCCGAGCCCUCUGCCAAGUCUGGAUAUCUUUCGACGUCCUGUGCUGUACAGCCAGCAUUUGGAACGUGACCGCAAUAGCCCUUGACCGUUACUGGUCCAUAACACGCCACCUGGAGUACACGCUGAAGACCCGAAAAAAGAUCUCCAAUGGGAUGAUUGGCUUGACCUGGCUGCUUUCGUCUGUUAUUUCCCUCUCCCCUCUGUUUGGUUGGGGUGAGACGUAUUCAGAGGUGGACAUGGAGUGCCAGGUGAGCCAGGAGCCGUCUUACACCAUCUUUUCCACAUUCGGGGCCUUCUAUCUGCCUCUCUGUGUUGUGCUGUUUGUCUACUGGAAGAUAUACAAAGCUGCCAAGUUCCGUAUUGGAUCAAAGAGGACCAACACCAUCACUCCAGUUGCAGAGGCUGGAGAGGUAAAAGAGGCCUCCAGGCAACAGCCUCAGAUGGUCUUCACGGUGCGCCAUGCCACUGUGACAUUUCAGACCGAUAGUGAGACGUGGCGAGAACAGAAGGAGAAGCGAGCGGCUCUGAUGGUGGGUAUCCUCAUCGGAGUGUUCGUCCUGUGCUGGAUCCCUUUCUUCCUCACUGAGCUCAUCACUCCACUGUGCUCCUGUCACAUUCCACCGAUAUGGAAGAGUGUCUUCCUCUGGCUGGGUUACUCCAACUCCUUCUUCAACCCGCUCAUUUACACAGCCUUCAACAAGAACUAUAAUAACGCUUUCAGGAAUCUCUUCUCCCGCCAGCGUUGAGAGAUACAGCAGAAAUCUUGGCAUCAUCACAAAUGCCAUUUUAAACCACCCUUAAGAUUUGGGGAAGUGUGGUUAUCUGAGCUCUUCAAAAGGCACAGAUUCACAAACGGAAUGAUGUCUGGGUUUUUACUGCCAAGAAAAGUGAUCAUUUGACCCAGUGUCUAGUGAAGAACACUCAGCGAAAAUGUCAAUCUGUUCCCUGUAUUAAAUGAAUA